AUGAUUGGGAUCUCGUCCGCAAGGACCCGGCACCCCCGGCCCGACCGCGGAGGUGAGAGCAGCGCGCGACCGAGGCCUCGCUGUCCGGGGAGCUCGGGGUCCCCUGAAAACCCCCGGCCUCAGCAGCCCCAGGCCCGGGGGGCGCGGAGCCGAGCCUCUCCCGCCGGCCUCCCCAGGGUCCGCGCUCCCCGGCGUGCGGCCAGCGGCUCGGGUUUCUCCGCGCGGCCCCGCCCCCUCUGGUGGGGGUGGGGCGGCCGGGGGUGGGGGACGGCGACCCGCGAGGGUCCCUCCUCGCCCGCGCGAGCCCGGGGGACGCUGUCCGCGAGGGUUGUGCUGGGCUUCGCCUCCCCGCGCAAGGGCUUUCGGCGACGGCGCCCCUCUGCUGAGGAAUGUGUAUUUGAGUGCACCCGGAAGAAGAACAAAUCUUCCAAGCAAACUCCCUUUCUGGAAUCCGCCCAGAGCACUGCAGGCCCCGCCUGCCCCGCGCACAUGCCCGCCCCUUCAGACUUCGACCCAAUCAGGAGGCGACGGCGGAGAAAACAGACACUGCCAUUGGGCGGCGCGGGAGUCGGGGCCGCCCCCGGCGUGCGACGGGCGCCGGGACUCGCGGGCCAUCGCUGCGCGGGGUCGGGAAGGCCGGGUCCAGGCCGCGGGCACAGGGACCUCGCCGCUUCAGCAGCUGGAUUUCCAAGAGCUCUCGCCGAGCGCUGGUCUCCAGGGCGCCGUUCGGACUCCGAACGAGAACCUGCCGUUCUGCUGAAACUUAGGGCCGAGCCUCGGGGCAGAAGAAGAGCUGAGGCGGCGGCGGGGAGCCUCGAGGCGCGGAGGCGGAGCAGCGCGGCGGAGGCGGCGGCCCUCGCUGC